AUGGCUGGUCUCGUCCAUCUCCUCUCGUUUUCCAAACGGCUAACUUCUCUUGACCUUUCCGGAAUCCAGCGUCACAGCCUGACUCGUUGCUUCCAGCAUUUACACUCUGGCAUCAAACGAUUGAUCUUGAAUGACUGUAUGCAGGUGAACGACCCGGCCCUCAGGAGCAUUGUACAAAAUUGUCCUCAUCUGGAAGAACUUGGCAUAAGGUAUUGCACAAGUUUGACGUCGCGCGCUCUGAAUGAAGCGUUUCGAGCUCUGGGGCAUCUUUGCGUGCUGAACUUUUCUUGGUACACCAAUACAGCAGUUGACUUCAUGGCGCGUUCCUCGCUGGUCAGUUUCGACACCCUGCCUUGUCUUGUAUAUUUAAACCUGUGCGCUAACGACCUGCUGAAUGACACGGCGAUCGAAAUGAUCUCCAAUCACUGCCCCCAGUUAAGGACGUUGGACGUUUCGCGCUGUGCCAAUCGCGUUGCUACCGAAUCCUUCCUCCAUCUGCAGAAGUUACGCCAUUUGCGUAAACUGAACCUCAGUUGCACCACUGUUUCGGAUGCGGUCCUGGCGGUACUCGCUGCAACACUGAAAUUGAACGUAAGACUUCGUUUUUAGAA